UUCCCCAAUUUCUGCUUCCUCUUCAUCUUGCAAUAUUAUUCUUGGUGUGCGUGUAUUGCGAUUGAUUUAUCAUCAAUACGAUACUAUCUAAAGUUUUUCUGGCAAAUGAAAAGCUCCGAUCACUGCUUUGGAGCUAUGUCUCCUUUCCUCAAUUGCACUCUGUUUAGUCGUCGUAUCAUCGCGCUGAAUCAGAAGCUUGCCUAGGGCCCCUAAAAGCUCAGGGCCAACCUGCAAGCCAUGGCGGCAUCCGAUCCUGAAUAGUUGAUGAUCAAAAGCGAUAAACUAACACAACUCAGCCUAACAAGGUGGAGUGCUGAUUGGAAGAGCGCUACUCUUUUGUAUGAGCAGGCUGCUAAUGGAUUCAGACUUGCCAAAAAUUAUGAGAAAGCAAAAGCUGCAUUUGAGAAAGCUUCCAAAGGACAAGAGAUGCUCUCUUCGCCCUGGGAUGCUGCUAGGCAUUUGGAGUCUGCUGCUGCACUGGCAAAAGAAUUAGGCAGUUGGAGUGAGGUUGCUGACUUUUAUAGAAGGCCAUCUGAAUUAUACAAUGAGUGUGGGAGGUCACAACCAGCAUCGGAUGCUCUUGCAAGAGGUGCUCGUGUUUUGGAAGAUAAUGCACCUGCUGAAGCUAUUCGGUUGUACACUGAUGCUUGUGAUAUUCUUGAAGAAGAUGGCAAGGAGCAAAUGGCAUUUGAUCUUUAUCGUGCUGCCACAAGUCUUUAUGUAAAGCUUGAGAAAUAUGCAGAUGCUGCAACUUUCCUGUUGAGAUGGGGUUUAGCAGCUGAUAAGUGCAAUGCUACCCAUAGCCAGUGCAAGGUAUAUCUUAGUGCAAUCAUUGUGUACCUUUAUACUAAUGACUUGAAGCAAGCAGAGAAGUGCUACAAUGACUGUUGUCGGAUUGAUGCUUUUUUGAGUAGUGAUCAGAAUCGUUGUGCGAGUAAACUUCUUUCUGCAUACUCGGACGAUGAUGUUGAAGAGAUUAAACGUGUGGCUCAAUCAAGCACUAUAAAAAAUCUUGACCAUAUGAUCAUCAGGCUUGCAAGGAAGUUGCCAGCUGGUGAUGUGAGUGCACUGAGGGCUGAUGCAGCCAGAGAACAAGAAGAGGCACUGGAUGAAGAUGACCUGACUUAGCUUAUCUUGCCGGCCAACUCAUCUUGAUUGAUCUGUGUUCCUUUUUCACGUAUGUGUGUAUUUUCCUCUGUUUAUAUGCAAGAUAUGAACAUAACUUGGUGCCCUCUAAGCCCUCUAAGCCCUCUAACAUUUACAAUGUGCUCUUGUUCCACAUACCUGAAUAUAAAAACAGGUUUUGAAUAGGAGUUCUAGCAUAUAUGGAUAUUGGACAGAUUCAUUUGAUAUUUCGGAUUUUCUUUUCCCUUUUCUUUUUU